AUGACGGCUACUGAACAACGUACAACGGAUUUAUUUCGUCGUCAUCCAUCAUCAACUGUAUCAUGUAUAUCAUCGAAUGUUGGUUCAAUAACAGAUUUUCUUCUCACUUCCGAACACUCCUCAUUAAAUAAGGAUGAACAAUUAUUAGAAAAUAGUAAAGUAGAAGAUAUAUCAAUCAGUGAAAAUGUUAAUGAAUCAUUAAAUGAAUUAAAUAUAUCGGGUAAUAAAGAAAAAUUAGGUCAUCGUCGUGUUGAUGAAACUGGACAUGUAUCAUAUAAACGUGUUAUGGUUGAUGAUCUUAUAAAAUCAUUCCAAAUCGGUCUUAAUUAUGUUCUUGGUAAACAUCAUCAACCACAACGUCAAGUACUUUUUCAAGAUUUUAAACAAGUUGAAUAUCAAGAUUUUCCAUCAGAUGGUUCAAAAUCAACACCUAAACAUCCAUAUGCUGAAUUUCAAUUAAAAACUUAUGCACAAACAGCAUUUCGUUUUUUUCGUGAUGCCUUUGGUAUUGAUCCAUCUUCGUUUAUGUUAUCACUUUGUGCUAAAGAUUUACGUGAAUUACCAAAUCCAGGUGCAAGUGGUUCAAUUUUUUAUAUAACAGCUGAUGAUGCAUAUGUUAUAAAAACAGUAUCAAAAAAAGAAGCAAAAUUUUUACUUAGUCUUUUACCUAGUUGUUAUAUGAAUUUAACACAGAAUCCUUUUACAUUAUUACCAAAAUUUUUUGGUCUUUUUUGUUAUCAAAGUUUUAAUAAAAAUAUUCGUUUUGUUAUAAUGAAUAAUUUAAUACCAGUAAAUGUUAAAUUAUAUGAAAAAUAUGAUUUAAAAGGUUCAAUUUAUAAACGAAAAGCAUCUGAAGAAGAACAUAAACGUGAUUUACCAACAUUAAAAGAUAAUGAUUUUAAAAGUCAACAUCCAUAUGGUUUAACAUUAGAACCAUUUUUCUAUGAUCAAUUAAUACAAACAAUUGAAGAUGAUGUUCAAAUUUUGAGUAGUUUUGAUAUAAUGGAUUAUUCACUUCUAUUAGCUGUUCAUAAUAUAACAGAAGAAAUGAAAUCAACACAAAAUCUACCACUUAUGUCAUCAUUAGCAUUAAACGAAAUAACAAUUGAAAAUGAAACAAAUUCAUCAGAUACAAUGACUAAUAAAUCAUUAAAUAUGAAUGAAGAAUCAAUAACAAUACCAACAGAUUCUAAUAUUACUAUGACACAAUCAUCUCAUCAUCCAACUUAUAUACAAUAUUUACGUGUUAUUGAAUUUAUUCGUGCACAACAAGAACAAUCAAUUCUUAAUACUAAACAAACAUUAUCAGAUACUCCUAUUGAUAAUUGUGAUACAGCAAGUAUUCAAACAGUUAAACAAGAAUUAUCACCAGUAUUAAAUACAACAACAGAAACAACAUUACAAACAAAUGAAGAAUCAUCAAAUUCAACUAAUAUAAUAUUAAAUCCAAAUACUUUUGGUUUAAUUGGUGGUGAUGUUUGGUUCAAUCGACAAAAUCUUUCACGUCUUGCAAUGGCUGGUAUACCAGCUGUGAAUGACAAGGGUGAUUUAUUAUUAUUAUAUGUUGGUAUUAUUGAUAUACUACAAGAUUAUCGUCUUCGUAAAAAAUUAGAACAUGUAUUCAAAUCAACAUUAGUAACUAGGGAAGAAAUAUCUGUUUGUAAUCCAAGUCAUUAUGGUGCUCGUUUUGUCAGAUUUAUUUCACAUAGAGUAUUUCGAAAAGGAGGUCGAACUGGAAACACUUUACUAUCUGAUAGUCAGUCAAAUACAGAUGGCAUUACUUUUAAUAGUAGCAAAUUAUUCAAUCCAUCUUCAUCAAAUCGUUCUCAAAUAAGUGAUGAUAGUUCAUCAAUAACGAACAAUAUCAACGAAAUAUAUAAAAAAAGAUCUUGA